ACUUCCGGCCAAGGCCUCCCUCCUUCUCUCCAGGUUUGGCUGCCGCCUUCUAGCCGGGCGUUCGCGGCCCCGCGGGCCCGACUCCCAAGCCUCAUCUCCCAGGCUAGGCCGUGGCCGCCGGUGGCCUGGGGAGAGUGCGGCGCUAUGCCUCGGGCUUAAUGCGCCCCCCUCUCUUCUCCCAGUCUUCAGUCUUAAGUUGUUAGCUUCCUCCCUCCGCUUUCAGCAGUGGUCUUUCAGCUCUCUUCUUGUGCGCUGUUGUCGACCCCAACCAGCCCCUUCCAACACAGAUAACCGCCGUCGUCAUGUCUCAGCCGGGAAUACCGGCCUCCGGCGGUGCCGCAACCAGCCUCCAGGCCCAGAACGGAGCCGCCUUGGCCUCGGGGUCUCCCUACACCAACGGUCCUGUCCAAAAUGCAUUGCUGUCUUCACAAGAGUCAGUGAGCCAAGGAUACAAUUUCCAGCUUCCAGGAUCCUACUCUCAUCCAAUACCAGCAAAGACUUUGAAUCCAGUCUCUGGACAGUCUAACUAUGGUGGUUCUCAGGGAUCUGGGCAGACUCUUAAUAGACCACCUGUGGCCUCUAAUCCAGUGACACCUUUGCUUCAUAGUGGUCCUGCUCCCCGAAUGCCAUUACCUACUUCUCAGAACUCAUGUACUACACCAAUGCCUUCUAGUAGCUUUCUUCCUGGAGCCAACCUGCCACCACCUUUGAAUUGGCAAUAUAACUAUCCAUCCACAGCCACACAAACAAACCAUUGUCCUCCUGCAUCAUCCCAACCAACUGUAUCUGGAAAUACAAGCUUAACCACAAAUCAUCAAUAUGUUUCUUCUGGAUAUCCUUCACUUCAAAAUAGCUUCGUAAAGUCAGGUUCUUCUGUACCUCCCUUAGUGAAUCCACCUCUGCCUACAACUUUUCAACCAGGAGCUCCUCAUGGGCCCCCUCCAGCUGGAGGCCCACCCCCAAUAAGGGCCCUCAUGCCCCAGACAUCAUCAUAUAGAGAUGUACCCCAGCCCUUAUUUAAUUCGGCUGUCAACCAAGAAGCAACACCACAGCUUACUAACAAGAAUCCCAAAAUGAGCCGAAGUGUUGGAUAUUCAUAUCCCUCCUUACCGCCUGGUUAUCAGAACACAACACCACCUGGUGCAACUGGAGUGCCACCCUCUUCCUUGAAUUACCCAAGUGGGCCACAAGCCUUUACUCAGACUCCCUUAGGUGCUAAUCAUUUAACCACAAGCAUGAGUGGAUUAAGUCUGCGUCCAGAGGGUCUAAGAGUUGUCAAUCUUCUUCAAGAAAGAAACAUGCUUCCGUCAACACCUUUGAAGCCUCCAGUUCCAAAUUUACAUGAAGACAUCCAGAAACUCAACUGUAACCCAGAGUUAUUUCGAUGCACGCUGACUAGCAUUCCUCAGACGCAGGCCUUAUUGAAUAAAGCCAAACUUCCUUUGGGGCUGCUGCUUCAUCCUUUCAAAGACUUAGUGCAAUUGCCUGUGGUUACCUCCAGUACAAUUGUGAGAUGCCGUUCAUGCAGGACAUAUAUCAAUCCUUUUGUCAGCUUUCUUGAUCAAAGGAGAUGGAAGUGUAACUUAUGUUAUCGAGUCAAUGAUGUUCCUGAAGAAUUCUUGUACAACCCUUUGACCAGAGUUUAUGGAGAACCUCACAGAAGACCAGAAGUUCAAAAUGCUACUAUUGAGUUUAUGGCUCCUUCAGAAUACAUGUUACGACCACCUCAGCCUCCAGUGUAUCUCUUUGUAUUUGAUGUGUCUCACAAUGCAGUCGAAACUGGAUACUUGAAUUCAGUUUGCCAGAGUUUGUUAGACAAUCUGGAUUUGCUUCCUGGCAACACUAGAACAAAAAUUGGCUUCAUAACAUUUGACAGUACAAUCCAUUUCUACAGUCUUCAAGAAGGUCUCUCUCAACCUCAGAUGCUAAUAGUUUCAGAUAUUGAAGAUGUUUUUAUACCUAUGCCAGAGAACUUAUUAGUAAACUUAAAUGAAAGUAAAGAGCUCGUGCAAGAUUUACUGAAAACUUUGCCACAAAUGUUUACUAAGACUCUGGAGACCCAGAGUGCCUUGGGUCCUGCACUGCUGGCUGCCUUUAAGCUGAUGUCUCCAACUGGUGGUCGAAUGUCUGUCUUUCAAACACAACUCCCAACUCUUGGAGUGGGAGCCCUGAAACCGCGAGAGGAACCAAACCACAGGUCAUCUGCUAAGGAUAUACACCUGACACCAUCCACUGACUUCUAUAAGAAAUUAGCCUUGGACUGUUCUGGUCAGCAAGUAGCCGUUGACUUAUUCCUUCUCAGUGGACAGUAUUCUGACUUGGCUUCUCUGGGUAAGUUCUUUGUAAUCUUUUUUUUUUUUUUUCUGUUAAAUGAAUAUCAAAAUGGUACUUAUGUAUGUAGGUAUAUAAAAAUCAUUUUGUUACCUUUUUCUCUUUUAGGUCUUUCCAUUCAUACUUUCCAUGGGAACUUCUUUGUUAGGUCAACUGACUUAUUGUCUUUGCCUAACGUCAACCCAGAUGCUGGGUAUGCAGUACAGAUGUCAGUGGAAGAGAGUCUUACUGACACUCAGUUGGUUUCUUUUCAGUCAGCGCUCUUGUAUACAUCCAGCAAAGGCGAAAGAAGAAUUCGUGUUCAUACUUUGUGUUUGCCAGUAGUUUCAACUCUGAAUGAUGUCUUUCUUGGAGCUGAUGUUCAAGCAAUUUCAGGGUUAUUGGCCAAUAUGGCUGUUGACAGAUCUAUGACUGCCAGUCUGAGUGACGCUCGGGAUGCUCUAGUGAAUGCAGUCAUUGACUCCCUUUCAGCUUACCGUUCUUCAGUCUUAAGUAACCAGCAGCCUGGACUCGUGGUUCCUUUUUCUUUGCGGCUUUUCCCACUUUUUGUAUUGGCUCUCCUUAAACAGAAAUCAUUCCAGACUGGGACAAAUGCACGUCUAGAUGAACGCAUUUUUGCUAUGUGUCAAGUGAAAAACCAGCCCUUGGUUUACCUUAUGCUCACAACUCAUCCCAGUUUGUAUAGAGUUGACAAUCUCUCAGAUGAGGGAGCACUCAACAUCAGUGAUAGAACCAUACCUCAACCCCCCAUUCUUCAGCUUUCAGUGGAGAAGCUUAGCAGAGAUGGAGCUUUCCUCAUGGAUGCAGGCUCUGUACUGAUGCUUUGGGUUGGAAAAAAUUGUACACAGAAUUUUCUCAGCCAAGUUCUAGGAGUUCAAAACUAUGCAUCGAUUCCACAGCCUAUGACAGACCUUCCAGAACUUGAUACACCAGAAUCUGCCAGAAUAAUAGCUUUCAUCUCUUGGCUUAGAGAGCAGAGACCAUUUUUCCCAAUACUUUAUGUAAUAAGGGAUGAGAGUCCAAUGAAAGCAAACUUCCUUCAAAACAUGAUAGAAGACAGAACAGAAUCUGCACUAUCAUAUUAUGAAUUCUUGUUGCAUAUACAGCAACAAGUGAAUAAAUGAAUGAAUGAAGAAAUUUGACUUAUUUCUAAGGAUCGUCACAAUAGUGCAGAAUACCUGGAAAUGUGUAAUACCUUCUUUUUCUAUUAUGUUUGUGGACUAAUGUGAUGAUUGAGAUGUUCUCACUGUGAUUUCAACAACCUAUAGCAAAUAAAAGACCACACAGAGAAUCAAACAUGCAACUCUGAAAUACUGUAUUUUUCAAAUCAGAAUAUAGCUACAUAUGAUACUUUUUUCUUGCCAAUUAUGUUUGAGUUGUUAUGGAUUAAAAUAAGACAAUAUUGCAGAGGCAAAGUACAUUUUGUAAAAUAAAGAUUUCUGUGUUCUACAUGUAUAUUUCUCUGAAUUUUUGGCUGCUACAUUUAAAACCUCACAAGACCGUGUUGCAGGGAAGUUACAAAUUCAUUGGUAGUGAUGUUUUUAAAAUAAAAACAAUGGGAAGUAAAUAUAAUGUAGGAAAACUAGAAUUCAUUCCCCACACGUUGUCUGUUUUUUUGUUUUUCUUUUUUAAGGAAGGGAAAGGAUCAUCAUGUUGACUAAAACUAGAGUAAACUAAUUCUAGUAUAGCUUGAGAAAGAUAUGAAGAAACACAUUCAAGCUUUAAAAUCUGUCAGUAUUCUUUAUACUUGAAGAACAAAGUCACUUUGAUUUGAAGUGAGAACUAUCAUUAGGUGGUUUUUUGAUUUCCCGACAAAGACUUGGACAUACUGUCUUAAUCUGUAGUGAAAAGAGUUUGAGCUGUCUUCAUAAACAUUGGGACUGGCAAUGAUAAUAGGGAGAUAAGAAACUUUAAUUAUGUUGAUCCUUUAAGUGGAUUUUGUUUGGUGCAUUUCUGCUCUGGGUAUGUAAUAAAAAUGGGGGUUUUUGGUGAAAUGAGGGUGAAGAAGUGAAAGGUUUCUAAAGUACUAUCCAAAUACAUCAGUAACAUUUUUCUAAAGAGUUUGUUAAAUUGGAAGUCACUCAUAAGAAAUAUUUAUUCUUGAAUAUGAAAACCUAUUAAAGCAUAAAUGCUGCUGUUUGAUUUGGUGGAUAUUAAGAUUACACAGAUCCAACAUAUUAAAGUUAUGAAAGAAACUUGAUUUCUGAAAAUCCUUAAGAGACUGCUUUCUUGAUUCAGCUAGAGAAAUAUUAUAGUCAAAACUAUUGAGUGAAUUUUGUUUACAAAUAGGUGAAUUAUAUUUUGUGUAUUUAAAGUGCUGUGACAUAGUAUGUUUAAGAGUUUGGCUCAGUUUUCACAGAUUGAUUUUGUCUUAUGAAUUUCUUAAAUAUGUUCAUGUAUAAUACUUGAUCAAAAUAUUUUUGGGUUUUUUAUUUUGUUUUAAUGGGUUAGAAAAUGUGUUUACAAUCUUGGUCUUAUAUGAUCACCAAUGAAAUAGUAACUUUCAGGUUUAUAUCAGUAUGAGCUGACUUUAACUGAAUUGUUUGGGAUAGGGAAGAAGCAGUCCCUCUACAGUAUACAACUACUGCUUGCCAGGUGGAUCAAAAUAAUCGUGUUUUAUGAAAAUAUCUCCCUUAAGCAGUGUUAAGGUUGGUUUGCAGUGUGUAAGUGGCACAUUGAACUGGAAGUUUUCUUGAAAGCGGCUUCGUCUAUUAAGAAGCAAUUUUCAAAUUGUAGCAAAUUAUAUUAUCCCCUCUUUUAAAUAAACAGUCGUUAUAUGCUGAUGUUUCUUAAAAUAACUAAAAUAUUCCUCUUAAUGUGAUUUUAAGUGGAGUUAUUUGUAGGUCCUUUCUUAAUAGUAGUAAAGAAUCUUGUAGAGGGAAAUAUUUGUGCUUUUAGGGAUAAUCUUCCUUGUGCCUCUCACUACAUCCCUAAGUGGGUAUGACUCUUGUUAUUACCACAUGCUUUAUUAGUAUAUUUCACAAAUUUACUUUUAAAUAUUAUUUUAGAUACUGUGUAACAUGUGCAAUUCAGAAUAAUUUUAUAACAGGUCAUGAAAAACAUAACUUUAGUUAGGAUUCACAAUAUUUGUUCUCCACAUAAUGAGAGAAUGAAUGAGCCUUUGGAGAUACUGAUACAAAGCAAUUAUUUUUUGCAAUGUUGAAUGUGUUUUUUAAUUUGAUUCUUUUUUUUUCCCCUGAUAGGGCACUACCUGCCAUAUCAUCUUGUAUUACUUUUUGAUGUAAAGCAACUAAUAUUUACACUAUGCCAUAUUUUUUUUAAUCAUAGUUGUAAAUUAUGAAAGAUCCUUGAAUUUUCUACAGAUCUACAACUACUAAUGUAACAGACAAGGGCAAUCUUGGUAUUUAAAUCUGAGCAUGGCAGUUCUACCAUAAAAAGUACUCUAUUUUUCUAAUUUCUAGGAUUUUUAAAAUAACAUUUCUGUAAGUCUGACAUACUAAUAGUCACUCAAGCAGUACCAUUUAUUUUAGUUUGCAUAUAUUUUCAGUUUUUAAUUUAAUGUAAUGUAUUGAGUCUAAUAGACUGUUUUGCAAUAAUUAGAAUAAAGAUUUAUUUCUUCUAAUCGAAGAUGCAUAACAGCUAUUAUCUAGGGGACCACCAAAUGUGAUUUCAAGAUUUUGUUAACUAUUACAAAUGUAAUCCUUACAUAGAAAUUUUAAUUUUGUAAACUAGUGUAUAAUAUUGUAAUAUUAAAUUCUUGUUCUCAAAUUCAAAUAUGUAUUGAUCUUCAAUGUGCUGUGUUAAAUCUUGCUUCUCUGAAAUGUUGGAGACAAGAUUUGUCUUCCUUUUUACAGUUUGUAAUUUUCACUGUUUUAUUCCUGUAAAAAAAAAAAAAGUCACUUGUAACCCAUGCAAACAAUCGUUUGAUCUGUGCUAACUUAUCAACUUGGUUAUUCAAUAAAGUUAAUUGAAA